AUGGACAUUCCAAAUAUCCGCCAUCCAACAUCUUUAGAAGAUUUCGAGCUUCUAAGCGUCCUCGGCCACGGUUCUUAUGGAAAAGUGCUUCUUGUAAAAAAACGGGACACCCAAGCACUUUACGCAAUGAAAAUUCUCAAGAAAAAGCACUUAGCCGUGAAAAACCAAAUUCAGCAUACUAGAACAGAAAGAUGGAUAUUAGAAAAUAUUAAACAUCCAUACAUUGUAAAGCUGUACUAUGCAUUUCAAAACUCACAGAAACUCUACUUAUUAGUUGAUUUCUGUCCCGGGGGAGAGCUCUUUUUCCAUUUAUCCCGAGCCAAGCGGUUUGAUGAAAAUCGGGCUCGGUUUUAUGCUGCCUGCAUAGUGCUAGCGUUAGACCAUCUUCAUAAACAAAACAUCGUAUACCGUGACCUAAAACCAGAAAACGUCCUUUUAGAUGCUGACGGAUUUAUUAAGUUAACUGAUUUCGGGCUAUCAAAAGAUAUGAGCAAUAAUUGCUUGACCAAAACUUUUUGUGGGACCCCUGAAUAUUUGGCGCCAGAAACUCUGACUAAGCAAGGACAUAGUUUUGAAGUGGACUGGUGAAGCUUAGGCUGCAUGAUUUAUGAAAUGCUUAUAGGCUUGCCACCAUUUUAUACUAAAAGAAGAACAGAUAUUUAUAGAAAAAUCCUUUCAGAAGAAAUUAAAUAUCCUGCAUCGUUACCUGAAGAAGCUUCAGAUUUAUUGCGUAGACUGUUGGUAAAAGACCCUAAAAAGAGGAUGGGGUCUUCACCUCUAGGUGCUGAAGAAAUAAAAAUUCAUCCUUGGUUUUCUUCAAUUGAUUGGGAUUUAUUAGAAAUAAAGCAGGUUUCCCCCCCUUUUGUGCCAUUUUUAAGCAGCCCCACUGAUUGCAGGUACUUCAGUGAAGAAUUUACUUGCUGUCCUGCGAGAGAUAGCACAGUUUAUGAUGGCAGUUUGCUGAAUUUGACGAAUUCGCCGACGUAUGAAGGUUUCGCUUAUACAAUAAGUCCUCAGUUGUAUAGGAAAAAUCAAGAUGAAGGACAAGUACCGAGACAAGCUGAAAAUCUGAUAUUGAGAUAUAUAAGAAAUUAA